GUAUAUACGAUGCAGUUCGGAUUAAGAUCCCCAGAAGUACCAGAUGAGAACACAAUCUCGCGUGGAAGCAUCACUAUACAGUUUAGCUUCCAUCUGAGUGCACUGAGCAUGAUGGAGUAUGAGAACCAUCGGAGAGUGAGAACACUGAGCACAGGUCCCUUCACACUGAAAAUGAUAAUGCAAAUAAACUGUCCCAUUCUUGCUCAUAUCUGUUGUGUAGAUAAAUUUAAGUGGCCUCUAACAAAGGACACUGUUGUUCUCCGAGUCACCACUCGCACCUAUGUCAUUGCCCUCCCUGGCCUCUUAUAUGCCCUCCAGUUCCCAAGACUUUGCUCUCGAGAACGUCUUCGAAUCCUCUCAAAUGUCUUUAGGAAAUAUGGUCACUUCCAGGAUCUUAGACCCCAAAAGCUAGGUGGGUGCUCAAUGCAGUUCGAUGAACCAGAAAUGUUGGAAGUGUUACGUCCUGAUUUUGAGCCCAUAGCACAUGAAACCCUUUUGGAGUUAGGGAAUAUCCCAGGGAUUUCCCGUUUCUGCAUGGAAGAGCAGAACUCGAGCUUCCUAAGGGCGUGUCGCAUGUCGGUGAUGACAAAGAUGAUAAUGGAAAGCAUGCGUGUGAAGACAAUGACAAGUAGUCUUGUGGAGAUCAAAGGCACCAACCCACCUGAGGCACACCAAGGAAGAGCCUAUGCUGUGAUGAGUACCUACACUCGCCUUGUUGAUUCUGCUGAAUACGCUUCCCUCGUUUCCUGUGGCUUAGUUGAGGAAUUGGAGAAUGUUGUGUCUCCUCUUCGCUUUGGUUCGGUUGAUGUUGGGUACCAGGUUUGGAAUCUCAAUCACUUGGGCCUUUUGUCUUUCAUGUCUCUCUUGGGACCCCAUGUUGAAGAGGAAGUGAAAUAUGUGAGUGCUAGAGAAGAGUUGUGGAAUGCCAUGGCUGAAACUGAACAGGAAGAAGAAGCUGAUGAGGCCUCUGAUCAUGAUGAAGAUAAGGGCGAGGAAACAAAUUAAAUAUCAAUACAUAAGUCUGGCUAGAUCAUGUAUGAGGUCUUGGAUUUUCACAUUUAUGUUCGUGUAAUAAUUUCUCUUUAACAAGAGAUCGAGGGUAAAACAUAUGUCUUAAUUAAUUUUUCAUUUUGAUAUUAUUAUA